AUGGCCAGUGAAAACUACACCAGAAUAACUGAAUUCAUUUUUGUGGGUUUGAAGUAUGAGCCAAAAUUGCAAGUCAUGUUCUUCCUUCUUCUUUUAUGUUUUUAUCUCAUUAACAUGACAGGCAAUCUGGGCAUAAUUAUUCUCAUUCAGAUUGAUUCUCGCCUUCACACACCAAUGUAUUUUUUUCUCAGUCACCUGUCCUUUGUAGACAUGGGCUUCUCUUCUACUGUGGCUCCAAAAAUGCUGAGAGAUUUCUUUGAAGAGAGAAAGACCAUCUCAUUCCUGGGUUGUGCCUUGCAACAGUGGUUCAGUGGGUUUUUCUUGGCUAUUGAAUGUUUCCUAUUGGCAUCCAUGGCCUACGAUCGCUAUGUUGCAAUUUGUAACCCACUACUUUAUUCCAUUUCUAUGUCCCAGCAACACUGCAACCAACUGGUGGCUAUCUCAUAUGCUGCAGGCUUCAUAGAUGCCAUGAUUCACACUCCUGCUGCUUUUCGUCUUCCCUUCUGUGGUCCAAAUUUCAUCAAUCACUUCUUUUGUGACAUUUUCCCCCUCCUCUCCCUCAUAUGUACUGAUACCAGCUUGAAUAAAUUAUUUGUCUUUGUUAUUGCUGGGAUAGUUGGAAUCUUCAGUGGCCUGAUCAUCCUUGUCUCCUACAUCUACAUACUUAUAGCUAUCUUUAAGAUCCAAUCUAUUGAAGGGAGACAGAAAGCCUUCUCCACCUGCUCUUCCCAUCUCACUGCUGUCACCAUCUUAUAUGGGACCCUCUUCUUUGUCUAUGUGAGACCUAACUCAAGUUUCACCAUGGAUACCAAUAAACUCAUCUCUGUGUUUUAUACUUUAGUGACUCCCAUGUUGAACCCCCUCAUCUAUAGCCUGAGGAACAAGGAGGUCAAAGAUGCUAUCUACAGGACCAUUGCUAAAAGAAAAUUUUGCAUCAGGAUAUGA